ACACAGAAUUAACAUCAAAAUGAGCGUGAAUAUUUGUAUUGCUGUUGGAAAAUAAAUAAAAAACAGUACCUCAGUCUUGAAAUUUGUGCAAAAAUUAUAAAAGGAAAUUAAAUCUUAGCGGAACAAUUGGAUUUUUUGAAGUCAAGUGUUUUAAAAACAAACUAGUGAUUUGAGAGACUUUUGCAAUGAUUUCAAUAAGAACAAAAAAGAUAGGUUAAGAGCUAGUCUCAAAUAAUAUCCUUAACAACGAAAAUAUCACGUCUCAAUUAAAAGUCCUUACAAGUCCUUAAAUAAACAUACAAACACAUAAUUCAAAGUUAAUGAGAAGGCAAUGUAGGUAUUCAUAAAUGUAGAUAAUAAUACAAUUUCUUUGAUUAAGUGCCAAUCCAAAAGAUUGGAAAAAAUGAAAUGUACUCCAAUUCUUGUCAACAUUUCGAAAGUAAAUAAGGGAACAAAACAUGUGUUCUUCUAUCAAAUAUUCCAUUGUGGUUUGGACUUUUUUGUACAUUUCUAUUGAUGGUAAUCAAUUUGAGUUAUAUAGCUAUGAUGAUAUUUUUACAACACCAGUGUUUACUAAUAAUGAGAGGCACUCAAAGAUUUCAGGAUUUUUCGAUCUCAGAUUUUCUCACAACAUCACAACAAUUGCGGGCCAGGCCGCAUUUUUGAAUUGUAGAGUCCGAAAUAUUGGAAGGAAAACAGUAUCAUGGGUACGGCACUCAGACAUAAAUUUACUUACGGUCGGAAAAUAUACAUAUUCUUCAGAUGAGAGAUUUGUUCCUUUGCAAAAUGACGAAACGGGAGAUUGGACAUUGCAGAUAAAAUAUGCAGUUCCAAAAGAUUCCGGGGCUUAUGAAUGCCAAGUUUCGACCACUCCACCUAUCGGUCUCGUUAUAUUUUUAUCAGUUGUUGAACCAAAAACAACAAUAAUUGGCGGGCCCGAUAUCUAUAUCAACACUGGAUCAACGGUUAAUCUCACCUGUAUCAUACUUCAAAGUCCCUUUCCACCACAACAAAUUCAGUGGAUGCACAAUAAUAAGAAAAUAAAUUAUGACUCUCCACGAGGUGGGGUUUCAGUGAUAACGGAAAAAGGAGAAACGACCACGUCGUACUUACUAGUGCAGCGAGCUAAGCCAGGAGAUUCUGGAAAAUAUUCUUGCAUUCCAUCAAAUGCUAAUACAUAUUCAGUUAAUGUUCACAUAUUAAAUGGAGAGAAUCCGGCUGCAAUGCAACACACCAGUGAUAAGGGAUCCAUUGGAAUGUUAUCGCUCUCAAAAACCGCAACUAUCCUAACAAUGUUUCUCACGAUAUAUGUUCUUCAAAUGUAAAAAUGUUAAUAAUUUUUGUUUUACUUAAUAUUUGCACUCCCUUAAUUCCGAAAAAAAAAUCAUAAUUAAACUUGUUCAGACAGUAUAA